AAACGAUGAAUACCGAAACGAUCGAUACGGGACCAAUUGAAGAGGGUACACUAAAUGUGGCCGAAUUCUAUCGUGAUGCUACCGUACUCAUUACCGGUGGUACGGGCUUCAUCGGGAAGGUUUUGGUGGAAAAGUUACUCCGAUGCUUCGAGGUGAAGAAAAUCAUUUUGCUCAUCCGACGUAAGGAAAGUGUUAGUGCUACGGAUCGUUUGCAGCGGAUGCUUGAAGGGCCGAUAUUCGACAGGAUACGUAGUACGGCACCGGAUGCGAAGGAGCGGUUUGCGAAGGUGAUCGCGAUGGACGCUACGUUCGAACGGGAAGAGAUUGUUGACGAUGUGGAUAAAGCGAAGUUGUGCAAUGAAGUGCAGAUCAUUUUUCACGUGAUGGCAUCCAUCCGGUUCGAUGAGGUGCUGGACGAUGCGAUCGCCAUCAAUGUAAAUUCUGCCAGGCGCCUUUAUGCGCUCGCCCGCUCAAUGGCGGAACUGCGCUCGAUCGUACACGUGUCGACGUUCUACUCGAACUGCGACCGUAACUACAUCGAGGAGCGUAUCUACGACGAUGUACCGUACGGUGGUCUGGAACAUAUUCAACAAUUCUUCAAGAUCCUUAACCCGGAGGAAAAGAAACACAUGACCCGGGUGAUCCUUGGCGAUAUGCCAAACUCGUACGUUUUCAGCAAGAAGUGUGCCGAAGCGAUGGUGGGCCGCGAGUUUGGCAAUCUACCGAUCGGCAUCUUUCGACCACCGAUCGUAAUAUCGAGCUACAGAGAACCGGAACCCGGCUGGGUGGACUGCUUCCACGGUGCUACCGGGCUGUGUGUGCCCGUAGUGCUCGGCAAAACCAUGUGGUACUAUGGAAAUCCGGACGUGAAACCCUUCAUGUCACCGGUUGAUCAUACUGUGUCGGGUCUGUUGGCGGCAGCGUGCGACAUUUACCGCCGCCAGUGUACUAUCCUGCCGGUCGAAAAACCGGUCCCGGUGUACAACUUUACGUUCGAAAAGAACAGAUUCACGUAUGGUGAUUACGUGCAGCUCGUUGGUUCUGGAUUGCGCAAUCCACUCGAUCGAUGGCUGAGUCGCAUCAAGUGUCGCAUUAGUCCGUGGAAAAUCUUUCCCCAAAUGCUCCUAUGGCUGAUGACGCUGCAGGCACGCGUGGCAGAUGAAAUACUAGCCUGGUUCGGAAAGCGUGGCAGUAACUUGAAAAUCGUUUCCGCCAUCACUACGCUGGCCAACGCCGUCGAGUACUUCCGUUGCCACAUGUGGACGAUGGAUAACAGCAACGUGAAGCGGAUGCUAGCGCUACUGUCCCGUGAUGAUGCGCAGCGGCUUGACUUUGACGGCGAGCAGAUCGAUUGGACGGAUUAUCACAAAUCAUACGCCAAGGAUCUGUGCCACGUUAGCAUACCAAUGAAUCUUACCGAUUUGAAGCAUCAUGGUAGUAACACAGAUAGGGCGAAAAAUUUACACGUGUCAGAGUUUUAUCGUGAUUCCGUUGUGUUGGUUACUGGUGGUACUGGAUUUCUCGGAAAAGUGCUGGUAGAGAAGCUGUUGCGUAGCUUCGAUGUGAAGAAAAUUGUUCUACUCAUACGGGAGAAACGUGGCACCAGCUCGGUGCAACGUUUGCAACAAAUGAUUAGUGAUCCGAUAUUUGAUACAAUACGGGCAUCUGUAAUACACCCCGAGCAGGUGUUUGCAAAGCUGGUGGCAAUCGAUACCGAUUUCACGUCCGAUGAGUUUGUGCGGGAACCCUACAAGUCGGAUAUACUGAAGGAAACACAGGUGGUAUUCCACGUUAUGGCUGCAGUACGAUUCGACCUGAGCUUUCAAACUAUCAUGGACACGAACGUUACGGUCGCCGAGCGAUUGUACAACUUUCUUCGGGACGCAUCACGCCUGCAAGCGAUCGUACACGUUUCCACGUUCUACUCCAACUGCGAUCGAUCGCACAUCGAGGAGUGCGUGUACGACGAUAUCCGUUUCGGUGGAUGGGAAAACAUUCGACGAAUCAUAAAACCACUCACGGAGUCGGAACAAUUCAAACUGAUGCCGGCCAUCAUAUCGCCACUACCCAACAAUUAUGUUUUUAGCAAAAAGUGUGCCGAAGUCAUGAUCCAGCAACAGUUCGCUGAUCUUCCGGUUGGGAUCUUCCGACCACCGAUUGUGACGCCCAGCUACGCAGAGCCUGUGCCCGGUUGGGUAGAUUGUAUACAGGGUGUGACUGGGCUGUGUAUACCAAUCUUGAAACAGCGUUUGCUUUGGUACUACGGCGAACCUAACACAUGUCCCGCAUUAGCUCCGGUAGAUUAUUGUAUCGCCGGUAUGAUCACUGCUGCGUGCGACAUUAAAGAGCGACACGAGGAGAAUCGUGUGCGGGAAUCCUUUGAUCGGCAUGUUUCUAGCCCUCCGGUGUACAACUUUUACUUUGACAAAAAUCGCAUUACAUGGCAACAGUUCGUUGUUUUAGUUGGUUCGAAUCUACCAACUGCAAUGGGACGUAAGCUUAGUAAACUUCGAACACGCGUUACACGUUGGAGAAUCCUGUCAACGAUUACCUUAUGCUGGAUGUUUUUCGUCGCUUACAUUGGUGAUGCGGUUCUGGCGCUUUUUGGAAAGCCAAAACGCAAUGUUAGGCUUGUCUCAACACUAAACACUUUGGCGGACGCUGUGGAACACUUCCGCUGCAACACCUGGACAGCACGUAAUGAUAACGUAAGGCGGAUGCGAUCGUUACUCUCCCAAGCCGACGAAGCUUUGCUAGAGUUUGACGUUGAUCGUAUAGAUUGGGAAGUAUGCUUAAAGCACUUCACAAAGGGACUCUCAAUGGAAUUGGAAAGACGGGAGCUUCGAAGUCGACAGAAAAGAAAACUGGAAUGUUAA